AUGCUGAGCGCUCCGGGCGACCCGACGCCCGAGGUGGAGAGGAUGCUCGACUGCGGGUCGCGGAUCCGGGCCGCAAGCGCCAUCGUGUGCGAAUUCGCAACGCACGAGCACCAGGCCCUCAGAGGCCCCACGCACACCAACAAGCGGGCGGCGCUGCUCCUGCGGUCGGCUUCCGCGCUCGCAACCUGCGCGACCUUGACGAUCAGCCACGGCGUCUGCGACAAGCACGGCGUGAACACGGCGUGCACGGUCCUCGGCCGACACACCCCCCUCAUCAAGCUCCUCACCCUGUCCCGCCUCGACAUCUCCCGCCUCCGCACGUCCGCCGCGGCGCUCGCGCAGGCCCUCGGCACCGCGCCCGAGGCCGCGCUCACCGUCGUCGGCACCAGCAAGCUCUCCCACGCCCUCCGCGGCGCGGCCGUCUCCGGCGUCGCCCGCACCAUGCCGGAAGCGGUGCACCGCCUCGCGGCGCUCGCGGCGACGCCCGCGGGCCUCCUGCGUGCGUCGCCCGUGGACGUGGAGCACAUUCUGCAUGCGCUGAACGUCAGCAGCUACGACGUGUCGGAUCCCUCGCGCGCGGGCGUCGUCGCGGCGCUCGCGUCCUUCCUCGCGACGCGCGCGCGCGCCGCAGCCAAGACCGCUACGCCCCCCCCCAAGCAGCUCGACUCCCCCCGGGCCGCCGCCGACGCGCACCAGCGCAAACCCCACGCGCCGAUGCUCCUCGAGACCGUCGCCGGCGCGACGAUCGCGCUCAGCGGCCUGCGGUACUACCCAGGAGACCACUUCGCCGCGGCGAUGGCGGCGUGCGCAGCCGACCCCGCGCUCGCGCCCGUCAGGCAGGACGACACCGAGCGGCCGCGCGCCGCGCGGUCCGCGGUCGGCGUCGCGUGCGCGCUCGCGGACCUCGGCGCCGCGCUGCCGCACGACACCGUGACUGCGCUGCUGGGGCGCGCGUGGGAGGAGACCCUCGCGCGCAACCCCGGCGCGCAGGCAAGGGGUUGGGGGCGCUUCUCGGACACGCUGGGCCGCGUGGCGGCCGCCGCAGCGAUGCUCUCGCACGACGCGGAGGUCUGGUGGGAGAGCGUGAUGGUCUCGGUGACCAGCGCGUUCGAGGCCUCGCAGCGCGCGGGCGAGCCGGCGUUCGACGCCACUUCGAUGCUCCUCGACGUCGCUGACGCGGUGUGUGCGAGCCCGGUCGCGGCGGAGGCGCUGCGGGCGGUCGACGGCGACGGAAAGGUGCUCCCUGCGGCGCUGCAGGCGCGGUACGAGCGCGAGAGCGACCCGGAGCUCCACUGGCCACUUGCGGCGCAGAAGACCGUCGUUGGGCUGUUGCAUCCGGGAGGGGACGUCGCCGCGGCGAUCCGGAAGCGUCUCGGCGCGGAGUGGGCGGUCCGGGAGGGCUUUCUCGCGCAGUCCGUAGUCGGGGAUGGCCCGAUUAUGGGCCACUUUGCUGUUCCUAUUGCGCUGCUGAGUAGGGACGGGACGUGGCGGCUGGCGGUGGAGAUCGCGGGGCGCGACGCGGCGCUGAACGAUCCGACGCGGCUGACGGGGCGCGCACGGCUGCGGCGGGGCGAGAUGCUGCGGGGCGGCUGGGGUGUGGUGCGCGUUGCCGUGCAGCGCGGGCGGGACCGGAAGCCCGACGUGGGCGACUUGGCGCGGCAGCUGCGAGCCGGGAUCGAGGCCGCGGUGGUCGCGGCCGCGCGACGGACGCGCCGCGAGAUGUAA